AUGGGGAAGGUGGGUAUCAAACGAGUGUACAGAGCAUCGAUACUACGAUCACGAAGAUUCUUUCUUUUAGUCUCUAUUGUGGUGUUUGUUAUCUGUACCAUCUAUUUUGAAAAACUGAUUCCAUUUUUCAACUUUACAAAUAAUUCGGUGUUUUCCUUACCAAAGGACUAUGAUAUUAUAGCUCAAAGGGAGGCGUUUUCAAAUCAAGUUUAUGAUAAAUGGGAUCGACAAUCUACAAAAAUUUCAGCAUUAAGUUUCAAUAGUAAAUGUCAAUCAUAUUUUCAACAAUUGAAAAAAAUAUAUCCACAUGAUAUAGUUGAUCUAGAAGUAUUACAGUAUACUCCUGUUGAUAGAUAUCUAUAUAAGAAGAAGAAAUGGGUUAGAGAGAGAGAAAAGUCCAUGAAGAAAGAGUUAGCUGGAAUUGGGGAAAGAUUCCAUCCUCAUCAUAAUAUCGAAAUAGAAAAAGAAUUCAUACUUCGAAGUUAUAAUUUAUCCGUUCAUGAAGGUCAAACAAGUACUACCUUCAACCAUUUACGAGUAUGGGGAAAUUGCUUUAUAGACAACAAUACAGGUGAAAGUUCAGAUCAGCCAGAUUACAAAUUAGCUGGCGAUUUUGAGAAUAAGCUCUAUCCAUGGCUAUCGAAAUCAUUACCAAUAUUUCAAAAUUGGAAAGGAGAAAAAUUACCUACAAAUGAACUUCCCAUAUACGAUAGAUCCAAGAAAUCUUCUAGUGAAUCUAGUAAUCUUUUCAUUCGUGAUUUUCAGUUGAAAAGCAAUGGUAAAGGUAUAGUCAUACCGAUUGUUCUUAGUUCAGCUCGAGAUCGGCAAUUAUCAAAUGUAUGUCGAUUAAUCAAGGUAUUACGAGCUUUGAAAAAUACCCUCCCUAUAGAAAUCACAUACAUGAAAAGUAAUAAUGAUUUGAAUGAACAAGAAAUGAAACAAAUCAUUGAAGCUGCUCGUACCGAUGUAUCUAAAUUGCCUUCCAGCUACAAAGCCUAUUUUGAACUUUUGCAUAGGGAUCAAACGGCUAAAUUUGCUAGUGAGAAGGAUUUCCCCAAACAAGUGAUUUGGUUUGUUGAUUUGACGCCAUUAAAGAAUACGAAACAACAUCCAUUGGUGGCCAAGAAUUAUAUAUAUAACAGUCCAAGUUUCAUUUAUACUUUAGGAACUAUUUUCAAUUCAUUUGAAGAAGCUAUAAUAUUAUCACCCCAUACGAUACCCUUGAUUGAAAUUGAACAAUUAUUCCAAGAUGAAUCAUAUCGAAAACAUGGACAUUUAUUAUUCAAACUUCCUUCUUAUUAUCAAGAUUCUAAGAUUAAAAAAUUCACCCCAGGGUUUCAUGAAGUUACAUCAUUAAUUGAGAAUCAUAUAUAUCCCUCAGAUUCAGAUUUCGAAUAUUUCAACAUACCGAAGAGAGAUAAGGAUAUGACUGCCACAAAGAGAAUUUAUCGUGAUAAUUUCGAUAAGUUGAUCGAUUCACAUAUGAUGAUAUUUAACAAGAAUGAAGCUAUGAGUGGGUUAUUGUUAAGUUGUAAUUUCCAAAUUUAUAAAUUGCUUUCGAUAAGAUUCUUCACCAUUAAGGAUCAAUUAAAAUUAGAACAUAUGUGGAUUGGUCAGGAAUUAGCAGGUCAUAUGCCUAAUUUUAAUUUUGAAUAUGGAGUUGGAACAGGUAUUUUGACUCCAAGAAUUAAUCGUGCUCUGGAAAAGGUCUCUAUGGCUCAAGAGAUUUGUUCAUCAUCUUGGGGACAAAUAAAUAUGAAGGAUCAAUUGUUAUAUGUUACCUCAUAUCAAUUGGAUAAUCUCUUUGGAGAUUCAUUUAAAUUCAAACAAGAUUUAGAGAGAAAAUAUGUGGCCAUUGAACAAGAAAUCAUCGUCAAUGAUGAUGGAACAAAUCUGACGCAUCAAACUGUUGAUCGAAGCUUAUUUGAUACAAAAGUGAAAUUGAACCCUCUUGUGAUUGAAAACAUAAUGAAAGCACCCACCAUUACCAAUCCAAUUUUCAGUGAGAAUUUACAAUAUUUAGAACCCUCUCAAAGUUGGAUAAAACAAGACAACUUCGGUGGAUUCAAGGGAUUCCCAUAUUGGUGUAGUUAUGAUGUUGUGGGAGAUUCUAUUGAUGGUCAACGAGGGAUAGUGAUUAAUGUGAAUGCCAUAAAUCAAGCAAGAUUCAAGUUCUUGGUUGAUAUAUGGCAAACAAAUGUGAUAUAA